CGCCACUCGGCUGCUGUCAGCUUCAGGAGCUUGUCACUUAUACGGUGAAAACACGUAGUGGAACAGAUGAGUCUCACGUAUUUCUGGAGCAGAGAUGGUCUUAACAACACAAAGCGCUGAUUUUCCACAGCCCAGUAUCACCAUGGAAACCGUCAGCAACUAUGUGCUGAUUCAUGGGAAGAACAUAUCCCAUAAUAGCCUUCCAGGCACCACCGCUGGGGCCCACAUGUCCAUCGACAAACUGUUUCCUGCUCUUCUUGAGUGUUUUGGCAUUAUAUUGUGUGGCUACAUAGCUGGCAGGGCAGAUAUCAUCACAGAGAGCCAGGCAAAGGGUUUGGGGAACUUUGUAUCCAAGUUUGCUCUUCCAGCUUUGCUCUUUAAAAACAUGGUGCUGUUGGACUUUGGAAAUGUGAUCUGGGCGUUUCUCUGGAGCGUCCUGAUCGCUAAGGUGUCAGUGUUUGUGCUGGUAUGUGUGCUGACACUGAUGGUAGCCAGUCCAGAGAGCAGGUAUAGCAAGGCUGGUCUGUAUGCCAUCUUUGCUACACAGAGUAAUGACUUUGCCUUAGGAUAUCCCAUAGUUGAUGCUUUAUAUCGCAGCACAUAUCCAGAAUACCUCCAGUACAUUUACCUGGUUGCCCCGGUCUCCCUAAUGUUCCUCAAUCCCAUCGGCUUUGCUCUUUGUGAGGCUCAGAAGUGGAAGCAGGCCAGCCAUCCACAGCACAGCACUCUUGGCAUCCUGGGAAUUGUGGCCUUACAGGUAAUGAAGAACCCAAUCGUGUUCAUGGUGAUUGUGGGUAUCGUCUCCCAUUUUGCCCUGGGUCAGCGUAUACCCGCAGUGUUGUCAGAGUUCAUAGAUGGACUGGCCAACUCUUUUGGAGGGGCAGCCUUGUUUUACCUCGGCCUCACUAUGGUUGGUCAACUAAGAAAACUAACCAGAGACACUGGAGUAGCCUUGAUACUCCUCAUUACAGCCAAACUUCUGGUGAUGCCACUGGUCUGCAAAGACAUGGUCGAUAUUCUAGAUGUCGGAGAAAACAGCACAAGUGUCAACCACACCAGUUUAUCCAAUUUCGCUUUCCUAUAUGGAGUCUUCCCCACUGCACCGAGUGUUGCCAUCUAUGCUGGACACUACAACAUGGAGUUAGAGGUGGUGACGUCAGGAAUGGUUAUCAGUACGUUUCUGUCUGCACCGAUCAUGUACGUGUCAGCCUGGUUAUUAACAAUCCCCCUGAUGGACCCGACGCCCCUGGUGACUGAGCUCGAAAAUGUUAGCUUCAACAUCAGUAUUGUAAGCCUUGUAGCACUGGUGUGGACCAUCGCUGUGAUGUUACUCAGCAGGAAAUUUAACAGACUUCCUCACCUUUUUGCCUUAAAUCUUUUCCUGGCUCAGUUUUUGGUGUGUGUCAGUAUGAUCCUGUGGAACUUCUUGGUGAAACAAGAUGAUAAUCUGGUGGGCAAAAUUCUGACCUUCACCCUGCUCUACGGAUCUCUCUACAGUACUUAUGUCUGGACAGGCUUAAUCCCUCUUUGCUUGGCCCUGACUGACAGAGAUGAUCUGCUCAGACUAAGACCAGGAAUAUUCAUGAUGUUGGGUUGGGGGGUCCCAUUCCUUGUGGUUGGAGGUCUUUUGAUAUCAGGAGAGAGGACUGAUACCAUGGAUUCUGCUUUCUUUUAUGGCAGAGCUCAGAUCAUCAGCACAGCAGUGGUGCUUGCCGUCAGCCUGGGGCUUGGUGCAGUGUCUCUGAUGGGGCUCAGCCAGGGAGACCGCGAGCAGAGUGGUUACCAAGCCCUGAGCAGAGCUGCUGUAACAGGCAUCGCUGAUGAGAUGAGGCCCCCUGAUGGUUUGGAGGAUCCACACCCACCACCACCACAACAAGCUGAGAUGGCAACCUCACCUUUAUGCAGCAUUAACUCAGACCUCCACGGUUUCUCUCCUGUUCAGGCUAUGCCUGACAUGAUAGCCAGCACACAGAGGGAGCACACAAACAACACAGGCCACAGUGGGGCGCUGUGUGACGUGCCGCAGCAGAGUUCUUCCUCAGAACAACCACUCAACCUGCCACCACCGGGGCUCCAACCCACCGAUGAUAAACAGACAGUCAGACAUGUUCUGCUCUCUCUGCUUCUCUUUGUCAGCCUGCUGGCGAACCUGUCCAGCUGUCUAUGGUGGUUGUUUAACAAAGAUCCAGGAAGACUUUACCUGGAACUGCAGUUCUUCUGUGCUGUGGCAAACUAUGGGCAGGGUUUCCUCUCCUUUGGGAUCUUUGGUCUGGACAGACACCUCAUCAUCUUGCCUUUCAAGAGGAGGCUGCUUGGUCUGUGGUACGGCAGAGACAGUGAGGAUUUGAGUCCCUCAGGUGUCCCAGAGGAGGUCAGACUCACCUGUACCCAGUUUGUCCGCUAUCACAAAGACCAGUGUGUACAAGACAUAGUACACACACGCAGGUUUUGUGGAGGUAGAUGGCUGGAUGAGGAGAAUGGGGUUGUGAGACAUCCCUCGUCCCAUCAGCCCCAGCACACAAACCAGGACGUCCAGGAGCCACAAAAUCUGCACCAGAUUCACCAAAGUCAUGAACCAGCUGAAUGCGGCCAUUUUUUGCAUCCACCACCAAGACCCCAGCUCGAGCCUGAACAAGCUUGUGUUUCAAACUCUGACACGUCAGAGGAGCAGAUUUCCCAGCUUCCCUCUGACAAAUGUCAUGAUCCAGCUAAUCCUCAACACCCGCACCAGCAUGUUCUUUCUUCAAGCCCAUCCCACCACCAUCAUCAUCAACGUCCACAGACCCAUGUCAAAAGUGUGUUUACGGGUAGUGCCUUGGUGGACUGGCUGGUCGAUCGGGGCCUGUGUGCGGGGCGAGCUGAGGCCCAGCUGUACGGCGUUCGACUUCAGCGGGGAGGAGUGUUCCAUCACUUGACCGGUCAGCACAGCUUCAGGGACACAACUACGCUGCUGUACCACUUCACACAGGGCAGAGGGGAGGAGUGGCUCCAGAAUGUGUGUUUGGAAAGGAGGUGUAGAGAUCGGUGAGCAGCAAUCACCAUGAAUGAAUGAAAGCCGGCAUGGAAACUUCCCAUGAUGUGGUUUUAGUGACAAGCAUCAAGUAAUUGUUCUAAAAACGAGGGCAAUCGCCUUUUUUCCUCCACAACAAUCUACCCAACGUCCAUCAUUGUGGUUGUUUGAAUUAAUUUUCUACAUAAAAGCAUGUUUGUCUUGAUUAGCGGUUUUGAGGACACGCGUGACGACACUCCUGAGUCUGCAUGACCGUAAUCCGCCCUCAGGAUCGAGCAAAGAUCUUCUGACCCACUGUAGUGUCACAGGAAUUUCUUAUCUCUUAUUAUCAGCACUCGUAUGACACUUUUUUUUUGUAGCCAACGCCAUAAUAUUAAUGUUUUUCACAUAAUUCUUUCCUUGCCAACAGACAUGACGUAGGCGUGUAGUUAAAUAGUGAGCGGGGAAAACCAGGUCUGAUCUCCUGUGAUCAUAGGAGAUGUGUCCAGGAAGCACUUUAAUGCCAGGUGUAAACUUCUCUGCCUGCGAUCAGGUCACCUGGUUAAUACCAGGCCUAAAGGAUCCUUAGUUAUUUGUGGUGGUUGCAGCAUGCUUGUCCAUCCAGACUUCACCCCAGGGCCCUCAUGUGAAAAUGUGUGGAUAUUUUUAUUUCACUGUUUGUUUUGUUUUCUUUCCAUUGCUCUGAUCUGAGCUGACUAUUGUAACAUUUUGAUUUGAUGUAGUCUGUGAUUUCUUUGAGCCAAUGAGUAUGUUCAACAUGAAGGAGAAGUAAGCUUUUUUUUUAAGGACAAGUUGCCAUUUAUCAGUAUCUAUUCUUCAAGUGUUUGAGUUCCAGUUGUAAGAGCAGACCUGAAAACUGAUUGCACUCCAUGUCUGCUCACUGAAAGCCAGUGGUCUCAUAGUUUUCUCUUCUGAAUACAUCAGAAACAAUUCAGGAUCUGUGUGUUAUUUCAGUGUUUGAUGUUUUGCACGCUGUGUCUUAUAACACUGGACUAUGCUGCCUUCUUGCAUGACUGAGAGCAGUACAACAACUCUGCUCACUACAGAAACCUUUGCACUGAGUUAAUGAUGACACUCUCUGUGGGUUCCAUUUCUAAGUCAUAGAACUCACUGGAUGUUUGUCUUGUGAUGAUACUGCACUUUUGAGAAAAUCUUACAUUAUGUGAAUUGACACUCACUUCUUAAAAGGUAAUGUAGCACCUACUGAAGGACUGACAACACUGACCUACACUACAGCUGUUAUUUGUUGUAUUAAGUUGCUGUUGAUUUGUGAUGCUGUUACUACGGAGUUUACAAUGAUUUGUCCGGGCUGUAGAAGGUGGAUAAAUGGUGAAUACACUUGUGUUCAUGUGAGUAUAAGGACUAAUGCCAGUUAGAUGUGAUAUUUCUGUGGUGUUACAGUUUAGAUACCAGUGAACUUGAUAAAGAACGAGACAUUUUCAUCACAUUAUAAUUAGAUUUGUAUUGUUCUGGAAGGAAAUGCAAAGGAUCUGAUGACCAAACCUUGUCCAAAAAAGUGGAUGCGGUGAGUAUUCCUGUCAUCAGGUGCCUAUUUCAGCUGUUUUCACUCGUGCAAAUGUGUCACCAAAACAAGUGGGUGGGGCAACGUUGCUGCAUCCUGUGAUUCAUGCAGACCAAGAUCACUGUUAUUGAUUCAAGAAAUACAAAAAAAAGUAUUUCCCCCCCCUCCCAUAGCAUGAUAAAGAUGUACGCAGACCAUUCUCAAGUGCUGUGCUAACCCCUGACUUUGUUCCGUGCUGCUGGGUCCAUGUGCUCCUGUAUAUAACCAUAACUUGCCGUCUUUGUGACUUUUGCCAACCGGUUUCAUGCAGUUCAUGUCAGGCUCUUGUGUUUACUGGGUUUGUUACAAGUGAGAUUUCUUUAUGGUGUGAAUGGUGUGUGUGUGUGUGUAUAGUCAAGUAGUGAGAGGGAACAUGAGAGAUUUCUCUCAGAUGUGACUGUGUUGUGUCAGUGGAUGUUUAGUUUCAAGCGAGUCAGAGUCAAUGACUGUGAAUACGAGAAAGACACAAAUAAACUACUGUCUGCA